AAUAUGAAAUUCUUCCGCAUCACGCAGCCACACAGUGGUUAGAGAGAGGGGGAGAGGAAGACGGAGCUCGGGUCUCGAGACGCUCGUUUAUGGCGGCCGCAUCAGCUCGAGCCUUCGCGCUCUCUCGUGUCACCAACCUUUCUCACAAGAAACCCAUCCUUUACUCUCCACGGCCGCUGCCUCCGCCUUCUCCUCGCUGGCUCCCAAUCCGCGGGGUUUCCUCCGCCGCCAUCUGCUGUCUCAGCGGCGGCGGAGUCUCCUCCGACGACUCCUAUGUCUCCACGCGCCGGUCGAAGUUGGACAGAGGUUUUGCUGUGAUCGCCAACAUGAUGACCCGGACCGAGCCGCUUGACACGUCCGUUAUCUCCAAAGGCCUUUCGGAUUCGGCUAAGGACUCGAUGAAGCAGACGAUAUCUUCUAUGCUCGGACUCCUUCCCUCUGAUCAGUUCUCCGUCUCCGUCGCCGUCCAUGAGCAGCCUCUUCGUCGCCUUCUUAUUUCCUCGAUCAUCGCCGGGUAUACCUUGUGGAAUGCGGAGUAUCGUAUAUCCUUGACGAGGAAUUUGGAUAUACCGGUAUAUAAUAGGCAGAAGGAAGAAGAAUCUUCGAAGGAGAAUGGUAGAUUUGGUUCAGAGAAGGGAGAGAAUGAGGAAUUAGGGAAUUGUUCUGAGGAAUCGGAAAGGAUGAGUCCUCAGGUGCUGGGAGGUUUGCCACCUGAAGCGUUGAAUUAUAUCCAACAACUGCAGUCUGAGUUAUUUAGCAUGAAGGAGGAACUAGAUGCCCAAAAGAAGAAAACACUACAGAUAGAACCUGAGAAGGGAAACAAAAAUGACUUGCUGGAGUAUUUACGCUCGUUAGAUCCUGAGAUGGUGACUGAAUUAUCUCGACCAUCAUCUCCAGAGGUGGAGGAGAUCAUAAACCAACUUGUCCAAAAUGUAUUGCAGAAGACGUUUGAAGAGAAAACUACUUCAGAUUUUGUAAGAGAUCCUACCGUAAGGACAUCGGAGGGCAAUCAAGAAGGUGGUUCUGAAAUUUGUAGAACAGUAGGCACAUCCCGGGAUUAUCUUGCAAAGCUCCUUUUCUGGUGUAUGCUAAUGGGACACCAUCUAAGAGGGUUGGAGAAUAGAUUGCAUCUCAGCUGUGCUGUUGGGUUGCUGUAAAUCAUCACACCGUCCGCCAAUGGAGAGGACCACACAAUGUAUAUUCUCCCUUUUCCUUUGCUCUCCCAAUUUUAAUUUAUAAUCUCUUAAAUCAAAUCGUCAAUUUUCAUAAUCUUCUCUCCCAAACUUAUAUAGUUCUUGUAGUUAUAGUUUAUAUGAACAUUAUAGUAGAAUUUUAUAGCCAGAAAGAAAUCAUAGGAGAAUGUAAUAAUCAACAAAGCUCUAUGUGGUAAGGAAUAGGGCAUCAUCUUCAGGCGGCAAUAGUGUUUUUGUUCUUUUCCAUUUCAUGUUUUUUCUAGGUUUAUGCAUUUAAAUUGCCCUUAGAAAAGGGGAGAAAGUAGAUGGAAGUUAAAGGAUUUGCUCCCA